AUGCCGACCGUUGAUUUCCGCGGAGAGACACUUCCAGCUGAAGAAGGUGUGCACGAACCAUCUCUCACAACUAUCCAUGCGAGUACCGCCACUACAGCUACACUGGAAACUAGGACUCCAGCAUCGUCGUUUGCUUCGUCGGGAGAUCCACUUGACCCGAUGGGCACACAAGCGGAGAAUGCAGGACCUGCGGGCAACGAGGACGCCCCAACUGUAACAAAUACCCACUCCGCUUCGACCCCGCCAAACUCCGCCGCGCCCUCCGCCAUGCUUUCUUCCCAAACUACCUCACCGAUAGGCUCUCCGCAUACCCCCCCGACUUUCGCCACCGCCACUCCCGCGGAUCCCUCGCCGGGUAUUCCGUCCUACAUCUCCUUGGAAAACAAAAUCGGUUUCCCGCCAUGCGAAGAGGCCUCUGUGGACGGAGCCCGCAUUCCUCGCUCAUUAUGUAUUCCCUAUGCCCGCCAGACCGUUAAGGCAUUUGCGGAGUUCUUGUAUACGGGGCAAGUCGGCUCCAACUGGAAGAUCUUUCCGACAGCUACAGAGCUACUCAUGUUAGCCAAGAGGUAUGAUAUACCGUUGCUUUACAACUUGGUCCUGGAGAUGCUUUUCGUGGUGUUGGCCCGCAAAGAGGCACAGUUGAUGAACGACGCGCGAAAAUUGAAGGCCGUCGUUGAGGCCGGCGGCAUUCAGGAUAAGUUCGGGCCGACAACGUUUGGCGCCGGUUCCGCCAUUGACCGCUUUUCUCAAUGUCUCGCCAAACUUGACGAUGGGUUCGUUGACCGCGUGUUGUUUAAGCGCGCAUCCAAGGUGGCACGGCGCACCUCUUCAAUGGGUGUGCACACUGCUGACGAGAACGCAACUUCGGUUCGAACAACUCUUGGGUUUCUCAAAGACGAUGUUUACGAGACUUCGGAUGGUGACGGGGAUGUGGAAGCUGCUCUUGCGGAUGCAGCGAGAUCUGGAAGGUUUGGCGAUCGUAAGAGCGUUGCCAGUAGUUUCUUUGGACCAGGCGAUGUCCUCAACAAUAAAAGGGAGUCCAGUGUGACUGCGUCGACCGGUGCGUCGACUGGUUUCAAAAGUUCCAAGGAAUGGCCGUCAUUUAAGCAGUUGGUGAGUCCCCACACAGUGGAGUGCUCAGACACAAUUGUAGAAAUGCUCAUUGAGACUGGCGCCAUAGCCAACGAUAUGAAGCUGAUGCUUCGAGCCAUCAACGUUAAGGAAAUGUCUUUACAGUAUAGAAAGCAGAAACGUGAGGUGAUGGCGACAUUAGAGGCCAUGAAGACGAUUAGCCAAGGGUAG